AUGGUUCGCAAUGAGGAGCCCUGCCAUUUCCCUUUUCGCUUCCACCGUGAAAUGUAUUAUUCCUGCCUCCCAGGCAGCUUUGCUGAUCCUGAGCCCUGGUGUGCCACCACAGAGAACUAUGACCGAGACCAACAACGGAGGUACUGUGAAAAAGAGGAGAGGCCAAGAGGACACUGUGACCCUAACCCAUGCCGAAAUGGUGCUGUCUGUGAAGCUCGGCGCACUGGGUUUCAUUGUAUCUGUAAUCCUGGUUUCUAUGGGAAACGUUGUGAGAAAGAAAGUUGCUUUGAAUCUCUGGGGCGCCUGCACAUUGGAGAAAAGGAGACCUGGCUGCGGUAUCAACCUGCUGGGCUGGAGGAAUGCCAUUGUGCUGGAAAGAAGAAGAUUGUUUGCAAGCCCGUGUAUGGAAAGGCAUGCACAAGUAACCCUUGUUUAAAUGGAGGCCACUGCAUAAUGCUGAAGCAAGGUUGGGUCUGUGGCUGUCCUGGAAGGUUUUCUGGACCAUUAUGUGAUAUAGAUCACUCUCACACCUGCUACAGUGGGAAUGGGCACCUGUACCGAGGUAUUGCUCAAAGCACUUCCCUAGGGGAGCCCUGCCUGCCUUGGGACUCUCCCAUUCUGUUUCAUGAGUUCUCCAGCAACACUUUGGAAAAUGCUGUCAGUCUAGGUCUGGGGUCGCAUGCAUUCUGCAGAAACCCUGAUAACGACAGCCAGCCGUGGUGUUACGUGCUGCGAGAUAAGCAGGUCAGCUGGGGAUUCUGCAAUGUCCCCCAUUGUUACCCCCACACUAACGCCCAUGCUGCUUUCUCUGCAGAUAGUGAGAGUACAGUGAAUGUGGGAAAGCAUGUGGAAUCCGUGACAGAGUCUCCGGACAGGACCAAUGGUACCCAGUCCAGUGCUGGCUCAGCUCCAGUGUGUGGACAACGCUACACGAAGACUGCCUCCCAGAGAAGUCGUGUGGUGGGGGGCAUGGUGGCACAUUCUGAUGCCCAUCCUUACAUGGCUGCCAUGUAUCUGGGGGAGCAGUUCUGUGGAGGGAGCCUCAUUGAUUCCUUCUGGAUCCUGACUGCUGCACAUUGUCUGGAGAGAAGGCCAGCUGUCUCCCAGAUUUCAGUUGUGCUGGGCCAGACCCUCUACAAUGUCACCACCAAAAGCUCCAUAAAAUUUCAAGUACAGGGAUAUCAACUGCAUGAGAACUACUCUGAGAUCAACAAGCACCAUGACAUUGCACUGGUGCGAUUGAAAGAGAAUGGACCAGGACACUGUGCUGAGUUUUCACACUCCAUCUCACCUGUGUGCUUGCCCAGUUCCGUGGAGAUAUAUGAUGAAGGGAAUCGGUGCCAGGUUGCUGGUUGGGGACAUCUGUAUGAAGGUGAGAAGGAACUUUCACUGUAUCUGCAGGAAGCAGAUGUGCCUGUCAUUCCUCAUGAGCAGUGCCAGGCCCAUAACGUACAUGGAACUCGUGUUACACCAAAAAUGCUGUGUGCUGGAUACAUGGAUGGACGAAGUGAUGCUUGCCAGGGAGAUUCUGGUGGGCCCCUAGUAUGUGAGGAGCAGAAUAAGGCCAUCCUUCGUGGCAUUGUCAGCUGGGGCACAGGCUGCGCACAGGAGAACAAACCUGGGGUCUACACUAAUGUCGCUCACUACCUUGACUGGAUCCGAAGCAAGAUGCACUAG